AUGCAUGGUCUCAAACACCAACCAAAGUCCAAAGGUUUCAGUAUCGAUGUUAAUGCCAAGGUUUUACGACGAGGGACUUCUUCUCCGUUGCAAGAGAUCUACUUCUCCUCCACGGUCGACGAUUUCAUAUGGGAAGACGAAGAUUGUCCAGAGAAAGUGGAGCUCUACGAAUUACUUGUCGAUUCAGGAAUAAUCGAAUUCGAGGCUCAGUUUCUGAUGCAUGACAUUAUUUUGUACGUUUGUGAGAUAACAAACUCGCUUCAUGACGACUGCUACAAAGGAGUUUUAACAUUGACGGUCGAUGUUACGCUACCACCGGAACCGGUAGAGGUUAACCAAGCCCAAGAAGCAUUGAGGAUAGAACAUUUUUAA